AUAAACCGAAAUUAUUUCAAACAAAAGAGCACAGCUUUGUAAACAAUCACUUAACAAACAUGCAUUUUUCUCAAUUAUUUGUUAUGGCUGCUGGCCUUUCUUUAAUCUCCUGGACCUCGGGGGGUGGCAUUGUUACUCGUGAAUAUUUACCAGCUGUAGACACUCAAAGAUUUUUACACCACCACUAUCCAUCUUACUAUCAGCAACAACACCAACAGCAUCAACAAUAUUAUCCAUCAUAUGGUAUUAAUGGUGGUUAUUAUCCACAAUAUUCCAAUGGUUUAGUUGGAGGUUUAACCAGUUCUUUGGGCUUGGGACCAUCUUUGGGAAGUACUUUGGGUUUGGGCUCAUCUUUGGGUUUAGGAGGUGGCUAUUAUAAUAAUCAUUUAAAUUACGGCUUAGUUAAUCCAUAUAGACCCAAACCAAGAGUAGAUGUUAUUGAAACAGUCUAUGAUACAAAUGGUGGUUAUAUUUAUGGUAAGAAGAAAUGAAGUUAUUUAUUGAUGACAGAACAUGGGUUUUAAUGGAGGAGUUGAAAUGAAUUUGAAGAAUUAGUUUGUUUAGAUUUGAAAUAAAAAAUGUAAUAAUAUUGAAUAAAAAUAUAAUUAAUUUAAUGCUCU